CUGGGCCGGCCGAUUUCUCGCCAAAGAAGAGGAAAGAUCAGAAUGGAUACUGGCGCUGAUGACGAGUUUCUGUACGGCGAGGGUGCCAACUACGGCAACCAAAACGACGACGAGCAGAUGCCCGAGUACACGCCCCGGGCCGAGUCGGAUGAGCACAACGGCGGCUUCGCCCAGGUAGGGGGCUUCGAGAGCAGCUACGCGGCCGACGAGCGCAAGAUCCGUCAGCCUGACGGGGAUGACAUUGACGGGGGAGAUCCGCAUGACCGUGCGGUGGCGGUGCUGCGUGUGUACCACAUGAAUGAGAAGGCGGCGCCUGAGCUGCUGAAGAUGCGGCAGGAGGUGAUCGACGCCAUUUCCGACGUGGCCAGCAUCGCGUUGAUGGAGGUGCGCAGGGGAGGACACCACAUGGGCGGACGGGCCGAUGGGUGCAUGGGUUGCUCUGUGUGUCCGGGCGUGGUAUGUGUUCAUGCAGCUGGAGAUGGCUUCUCGGAAGCCUUGGUCGGAUUUCCUGGGCCGCAUGCAGAUGCUGGACAGCAGGAGGGUCCUCUACAUCAUACACGACCUGUUCAGAGCCAGAAUGAGCAAGGUAGGUACUGACUGGCAAUACGCCUAUCGCACGACACCACACCACACCACACCACCACACCACAACCCACACCCCAUUUGUGUGUGUAUGUGUGUGGGGGGAUGGAUGGUCAGAUAUUGUCGAACCUGCGGUACUACGUGACGACUGCCGAGGACCGCCUCUCAGAGGCCGAGAAGAAAUUCGCCAGACGGUACAUUGAUCGGCCGAUCAAGUGAAGGCCUCUCCUCGUCCGGCCCUCUCACCAUCCGUGUGUGUGUGUUGCUGCUGCUGUUGCUGUCGCUAUCGCUGUGUGCAGUGUGUUGAAGCUGACGGAUGAGCACUUGGGUGUGCUGUUCGUCAGCAAGCUCGACCGCCUGAGGGCGCGCGACGGCGUCAGGAAGAAGGUCAAGGCCCUGGACGAACCAAGGAUGAGUACGCACGCGUAGAGGCGGGGGAAGGCAGCCAGCCAGCGGGGUGCAGGGCAGGAGGGGAUCUGUCUGUGUGUGUGUGUGUGUGCAGUAUCGAAGCCGAAGAUGCACACACACGUCUUCUGCAGAGGUGGGUGGGAGAGGUGCGCGAGGCGGGGCGGGGCGGGGCGGGGCGGUAGCACACACAUCCUGAUUGACGUCUGUCUUUCCUCCGCCCUUUUCUGUCUUUGUCCCUCUCUUUGCCAGUGGUUGAGGACGUCGGCACCAAGAGAUUCACCACACAGUGAGGGAGCGAGCGAGAAACGCACUCACUCGUACACACAAGUGUGUUUGGAUCCAUGUGUCCGUCCGUACGUCGGUGGCUGGGUGGAUGCGGAUGGAUGGAUGGAUUCUGCGUGUCUGUCUGCACACAAAGGAGUGGUGGUGAGGAGAGCGAGACUCUGAUGACGGGGGAGACCCUGGUGAUCAACUACAGCGCCAUCAGGCGAGUUGGUGGGCUGGUUGGAGAGAGACUGCACAUGUGGUCUGACACUUGCGUGGUGGAUCUCUCCUUCUGUGUUUGUGUGCAGGGACGAGGUAGAGAGGGGCAGCGUACGGCUCGUCAAGGCCAGGGCCACACACAAGGCCGCACCCGUAUAGACCGAAUGAACGAACAGAAUGACGCGUAAUGGUAGAUGACGUGUGCGGGUGCGAAGCUGACCACACGGAUGGCAAUACCCAUGUAUGUGUGUGUGGAGGCUGGCAGAAUGGAUGGACGCAAUUGCUUUCUGACGCUUGAUUGACC